AUGCUUACCAGAUUAUCAAGAAAUUUUAUUCAAAAAGGUCCUAGACCACUUUGGGCUUGUGCUCGUCUACAAUCCACGCAAUCUCAACAACCACAAUCUACCGUUUCAUCUGAUACACAAGCAGAAUUUUUAGAUGAGCUUAAACAUGAAAUGGAUAAGCUUGGGCCAUUGUCUGACAGUGAAUUACAAGAGUUAGAAGCAUUUGCUGGUCAUCACGAUGAAUUCACGGUUUUCCCAAAGAUCCAUGAAGUAAAACCGGAAGAAGUAGUGGGAUUCGUGCCAUUUGGCAAGAAUACAUACUUUGUACAGAGAAGUGCGACCGGUAACUUACCAGUAUAUACUGAUUACAAGAAUGGUAACAAACUUGUAACUGAAAUAAGAAAGAUUCAAGGUGAUCCAGUGCAAUUGAGAAACGAUCUACAAGAAAGAUUGCCAUUUAUUGCAAAGAAGUACUGGAAGGUUUCGAUUUAUUCAAAGAAAAUCUUCAUUCAAGGGGACGCUACCAAGCAUGUUAAGAAGGUUUUGGCAACAACUUUUUAA